CCCUUUCUUUUUUUUAUUAGAGUUUCCCUCUCGACCGAUCGGAGCUCUUCUUCUCCACUCGCUCCAGAGAGAUCGAUCGAGAAGUAGAAAGGGGAAGUUGAAGAGCUGAAAUCAUUGCUAUGGCGUCUUCAAACGUGGUCGGAUUCGUGGGGCUGGACGAGCUGAGCUUGGAACUCGCUUCCUUGCUUAUCCGAUCGGGCUUCCGGGUCCAGGGAUUCGAGGUGCUUGGGUCAUCGGUGAUGGACCGGUUCGUGGAGUUGGGUGGAGCCAAAUGUGCCAGCCCCAUGGAGGCAGCAAGAGAUGCUUCAGCUAUGAUAGUACUGGCUUCUGCAGAUGAAAUGACUGAGGUUUUCUUUGGCAAGAAGGGUGUAGUAAGAGGAUUGUGUAGGGAAGCUGUUGUCAUUCUUCAAUCAACAUUAUUGCCAAGUCAUAUUCAGAAGCUCGAGAAGAGUCUCUCAGAUGAGGCAGGGCAUCUGGUUCUUGUUGAUUCACAAGUUUUUCAAGGAGUUUCUGAGCCUCUGAAAGGGAAGAAUAUUGUUAUCGCAUCGGGAAGCCCAAUUGCAAUGCGGAGGGCUCAACCUGUUCUGUCUGCUAUCAGUGAAAAGGUUUUUUCAUUUGAAGGUGAAGUUAGUGUGGGAAGAAAGAUUCGAAUGGUAAAUGAUCUGCUUGAGGGUAUUCAUCUUGUUGCUUCGGUGGAGGCAAUAUUUCUUGGUGUUCGAGCAGGAAUUCAUCCAUCUAUUCUCUAUGACAUAAUCUCAAAUGCUGCUGGAAGUUCUUGGAUCUUUGUGGAGACUGUUCCCAAAUUGUUGAGUGGUGACCACUUAUUGACAAAAUCUUUGAGCACUCUAGUAAAAAAUGUGGGGUUUGUGAUGGAGAUGGCCAAAGCAGUCACGUUUCCUCUUCCGCUUUUAGUCAUUGCAAAUCAACAGCUAAUACAGGCCUCUUCAUCUAAUGGUGGAGACAUUGCUUCUGCUUCACCAUUGAAGAUCUGGGAACAAAUGUUUGGAGUUAAUAUUAGAGAUGCAGCUAAUCAGAAGUCCUACAACCCUGGUCACCUGGCAGAGCAACUUUCUAUGACAUCAAAAGCUGUAAAAAGAAUUGGUUUUAUUGGUCUUGGAGCAAUGGGUUUUGGCAUGGCAACACAUUUGCUAAGGUCAAACUUCUACGUCAUUGCUUAUGAUGUGUAUAAGCCAACUCUAAAUAGGUUUGCAGAUUUAGGUGGCAUAGUGGGGUCCUCUCCUGAAGGAGCAGCUAAAGAUGUGGAAGUGCUUAUUAUCAUGGUCGCAAAUGAAGCUCAAGCUGAAAGUGUUCUAUAUGGAAAUGCUGGUUCAGUGUUUGCACUUCCAGCUGGAGCAACUAUAAUUCUUUCUUCUACAGUCUCCCCAGGUUUUAUAACUCGUGUUGAGCAAAGAUUAAAAGGUGAGAACAAGAGCUUAAAAUUGGUAGAUGCACCUGUGUCUGGUGGUGUCAAAAGAGCAGCUGAUGGAACACUUACGAUAAUGGUUUCAGGAACAGAUGAAGCUCUCUCAUGUGCUGGUUCUGUUCUCUCAACACUAAGUGAGAAGCUGUAUGUCAUUGAAGGUGGAUGUGGAGCUGCAAGUUCUGUGAAGAUGGUUAAUCAACUGCUUGCUGGAGUUCAUAUAGCUGCAGCAGCAGAAGCAAUGGCAUUUGGAGCUAGAUUGGGUCUAAACACCAGAAUGCUUUUUGAAAUAAUUAAACAUGGAGGAGGUUAUUCUUGGAUGUUUGGAAAUCGUGUGCCACACAUGCUAGAAAAUGAUUACACACCAUACUCUGCAGUUGAUAUCUUUGUUAAAGACCUUGGCAUCGUGUCUAAUGAAAGCUCCAAUCUUAAGAUCCCACUUCAUAUUUCAAAUGCUGCCCACCAGCUUUUUCUUUCAGGUUCUGCUUCUGGCUGGGGUCGAUAUGAUGAUGCUGCUGUCGUUAAGGUCUAUGAGACAUUAACUGGUGUUAAAGUUGAAGAGAGAGCUUUUCUUCUUAAUAAAGAAGACCUGUUAAAGUCUCUUCCAUCUGAAUGGCCAGAGGAUCCAAUGGAAGAUCUUCAUUUACUGGAGUACCCAACUACCUCAAAAGUUUUAGUAGUUUUGGAUGAUGACCCCACUGGAACUCAAACUGUUCAUGAUAUUGAAGUCUUAACAGAAUGGAGAAUUGAGACACUUGUUGAGCAGUUCAGCAAAAGGCCUACCUGUUUCUUUAUUUUAACCAAUUCACGAUCACUAAGCACUGAGAAGGCUAUCUUGUUAACAAAAGAUAUCUGUAGAAAUGUAGACACUGCAGCUAAAAGAGUUACAGGCAUUAAUUACACAGUGGUGUUGAGAGGUGAUUCAACCCUUCGUGGUCACUUUCCAGAAGAAGCUGAUGCAGCUGUUUCAGUAUUAGGCGAGAUGGAUGCGUGGAUCAUUUGUCCUUUCUUUCUACAAGGUGGACGUUACACUAUUAAUGACAUUCACUAUGUUGCAGAUGCUGAUAGGCUUGUACCUGCUGGGGAGACUGAGUUCUCCAAGGAUGCUGCCUUUGGUUACAAAUCUUCUGAUCUCAGAGAGUGGGUUGAAGAGAAAACAAAAGGGCGAAUUCCAGCCAGCAGUGUUUCAUCAAUUUCUAUUCAUCUCUUGCGUAAGGGAGGGCCAGUUGCUGUUUGCAAGCAUCUCUGUAGCUUGCAAAAGGGGUCAAUAUGUAUCGUUAAUGCAGCAAGUGAAAGAGAUGUAACUGUAUUUGCUGCAGGAAUGAUCCAGGCAGAAAUGGAAGGAAAACGUUUUUUAUGCCGCACUGCGGCAAGUUUUGUAUCUGCUCGAAUUGGAAUCAGGGCAAAGCCUCCUAUCUGUCCAAGGGAUCUUGGCAUAACUAAAGAUAAAUUUGGAGGUCUCAUAGUUGUCGGUUCGUAUGUUCCUAAAACCACAAAGCAGGUUGAAGAACUAAAAGGACAAUUGGGCCAUGCCCUAAGAUGCAUAGAGGUGUCUGUUGAUAAAAUUUCCAUGAAGUCGACUGAAGAGAGAGAGGAAGAGAUUAGUCAUGUAUCUGAAAUUGCAACUGCUUCCUUGAAGGCAAACAAGGAUACUCUUUUGAUGACCAGCAGGCAACUCAUUACAGGAAAAUCUCCAGAAGAAAGUUUAGAAAUUAACUACAAGGUCAGCUCUGCACUUGUGGACAUUGUUAGGCGAAUUAAUGCUCGACCUCGUUACAUCCUUGCCAAGGGUGGAAUCACUUCAUCAGAUCUUGCUACGAAAGCUUUAGAAGCCCAGUGCGCUAGGGUAAUUGGACAAGCAUUAGCUGGUGUGCCCUUAUGGCAGUUAGGACCAGAAAGUAGACACCCUGGGGUUCCAUACAUUGUUUUCCCAGGUAAUGUUGGCGAUCACACAGCACUAGCUGAAGUUGUAAAAAACUGGGCCUAUCCUCCUAGAAGCUCAACCAAAAUUAUUCUUCUUAAUGCAGAGAAGGGUGGAUAUGCUGUUGGUGCUUUCAAUGUUUAUAAUCUCGAAGGGGUUGAAGCAGUUAUUUCAGCUGCAGAGGUUGAAAGCAGUCCUGCUAUUUUGCAGGUACAUCCAGGUGCUUUGAAGAUAGGAGGGCUCUCUUUGCUUGCAUGUUGCAUUUCUGCUGCUGAACAGGCCAGAGUGCCAAUUGCUGUUCACUUUGAUCAUGGAAAUUCAAAAGCUGAGCUGCUUGAAGCUCUUGAGUUGGGAUUUGAUUCAGUCAUGGUUGAUGCAUCACAUCUUCCUUUAAAGAAGAAUAUAUUGUGCACAAAGUACAUAUCACUUUUGGCGCACACAAAAGGACUGCUUGUGGAAGCUGAACUCGGGCGGUUGUCAGGCACUGAAGAUGACUUGACAGUUGAAGAUUAUGAAGCCAGGUUAACUGAUGUCACUCAGGCUCAAGAAUUUAUUGAUGAGACCGGCAUUGAUGCUUUAGCAGUUUGCAUAGGAAACGUCCAUGGAAAAUACCCAUCUAGUGGUCCCAGUUUAAGAUUUGACUUGCUCAAGAAACUACGUGCAUUAACUCUCGAGAAAGGAGUAUGUUUGGUUCUCCAUGGAGCAUCUGGUCUGCCCAAAGAUGUUGUAAAGGAAUGCAUAGCAUUAGGUGUAAGAAAGUUUAACGUGAACACAGAAGUCCGGAGUUCCUACUUGGAGUCUCUACAAAAGCCCCACAAGGACUUGGUUCAUGUGAUGGCAUCUGCAAAGAAGGCCAUGCAAGCUGUGAUUGCAGAGAAGAUGCAUCUGUUCGGUUCAGCAGGAAAGGCAUGGUAGUAGUCACAAGUGAAGGAGCUCAUUCUGCUUUCCUAUGUGUCAUUUAUGUAUUAUCAUUCGGAACCGUCUGGAUGGCAUUGACUGCUGGGCUGGGUGCAUAUGCCUUUAAACGUCGCAUUGUAUCCUUAGCAAUAAAAAUUUCUUGCCAAAUUGUUAUUUAUUGUCCUUCUUAUCGACCG